AAACCGUUGUUUCUUGCGCUGGUGCGCAGGUGUAGGAUUGAUAACAUUUCACUGCUAGCAGGGCUUGACUGCAAUGCACACAGUCGGAUGUGGGGAUGCAAAGACAGGAACAGGAGAGGCCAAGACCUCGAGGAAAUGAUACAGCAUGAGCUACUGACAGUGGCAAACAUUGGACAUGAAUGGACCUUCAAUGCUGGAGGGAGGCGCAGUAUCAUCGACAUUACAUUGAUGAAUGAUCGUGCAGUCUUAGACUUGGAACUGGAGGGAUGGCAUGUGGAUCAUACACACAACUUCUCAGAUCAUAACUAUAUUAAGUACUCAUUUGGCCAAUAUGUGCCAGGGGUGAAGUGGACAAGAAAUCUCCGCCGUGGAAGAUGGCAGGAGUUUGAGGAUGCUAUUGAAGAGGAAAUAGAACCCUCUUGGGAGGAGAAUCUUGAUAUGAAGGAGACUGUGGACAAGUUGUACUCCUGUAUGAACAAAGCACUUAAUAAUGCGUGUCCACUUCGUAAGGCACCACGACAUAAGCCACAUAGAUGGUGGAAUGAGCAACUACAACAACUCAAG